UGGUAUUCUGCCAAGUAUUUGUCACGAAAUAGGAACACAAAAUUCUCCAAAUCUUAUAAUCCUGCUUUUUAAAACACACAGAAGACACAACAAAUAAAAUUGAACAAGAUUCUUAGAUUCGUUCGUAUCUAAAACACACAAACAUGUCUCGCUAUUCUUCCAAUCCCUUUCAUUCCGAUUCCGAUUCCGACUCUGUCAAUUGCUUCGUCACCGAUCUCUUCGAAUCCCACCGCUCCUCCUCCUCCUCCUCCUCCUCCGACCACCCUCCUCCUCCUCGCCGUUGCUCCUGCCACGACAUCAGCAUAAACCCCUUCUCCGGUGCCAUCUGCGACCUUCACCACCACCGCCCACAAGGCUUCCAGUUAGGGUUUGAUUUUGACGACGAAUUCGAUCCCCAAAACCACGAUCAGCUUUUCGAUUUCUCCGUCGGUGCUGCUCAUUCAACCGGCGGGCUUAGGGUUGUCGGCUUCGGUUCCGAUUCUGAUUCCAGCGGCGACGAGGGCGGGAACAUUGGUGGUGACAGGGUUGAAGGUGGGUUUGAUGAGUUUGAUGUUCGAUUGUGUUGGGAUAGUCUCUGUUUGGAGGAUCAGAGGAACCUCAAUGAAUGGGAGGAGGUGGUGGAGGAGAGUAGGCUGAAUGAGAGAGAGCUAGGUUCCACCUUGGUGAUUGAUGAGGUUGGGGUUGGGGUUGGGGUUGAGGUUGAGGAUCAAUCAGUGGCGUCCGGGUUCGAAGAGGAAGAUGAAGAGGAAGAGGCGUUUAGGCACCUGGAGUGGGAGAUUCUGGUGGCGGUUAACAAUUUGGAGAUGGAUGUUGCAUUGCAUCAUGAAGUUGAGAAUAGUUUUGAUGAAGGCUAUUUAACGGUUCAUGAAUAUGAUAGUUUUAUACCGACCGCGUUUCAGGAUGGUUUUAUAUCCACAGCUGAUUACGAGGUUCUUUUCGGGCAGCUUCUGCAGAAUGAGAGUGGCUUGAAAGGGAGCCCUCCCGCAGCCAAGAGUUUCGUGGAGAGUCUCCCCCUGGUCGAGCUCACGGAGGAGGAGUUGCGGGGGAAGGAUAUGGCGUGCGCCAUUUGUAAGGAUGAGAUCAUGUUGGAGGAGAAGGUGAGGAGGCUACCUUGCUCCCAUUGUUACCAUGGGGACUGCAUUUUGCCGUGGUUGAGUAUUCGCAACACCUGCCCGGUUUGUCGGUUCGAGUUGCCCACGGAUGAUCCUGAUUAUGAGCAGAGUAAGAUCGAGGGUGCUGCCGCCCAUGGUCUUAUGGAGCUUGCAACAGAGAUGCAGUUUUGACCUGUUGAUUCAGGUUAUAUACCCCUGGUUUAUGUAUAUAUAGCAGUUUGCUUUGCCUCAUAUCCAACUGAUGAUGAGAACAAAUGUUUUGUAAUUAGUUUUCAUGUUGUGGUGGUUUUGGAAUAAGUUUAACUAUAUAGCAUGCUCUGGAUAGACAAGAAAUGGAUGCUUGUCAAUACUCAGUUUAUAUUCAAAAAUAUACCACAAGAAGGAUCAUGUUAAAGGUUUAGUAUUUCUUUUCA